CCUAAAUGUAGGGGUCUCCGGAAACUUUGCGCGCUCGUCCACUUUCUUUAGUUUGGUUGUUCGUGUCCAGGAUCCUGUGGCCAGUUUCAGGCCGGACUGUGUUUGUGCUUUAGCUCCUGGCUGAACGGUGGCAGGAAACCCAGUUGGUGUUCCUGGUUCUUCUAGUGUUUCUGUCGGUGAGUUCGGACUGAGGUCCCGGUGAAACGUGUCAUCAUCAGAGAGCAGGAGGACGCGUUCAGCUCCGCCUGACCCUAACUUUGUCCAACUUCCACAAUGACUUGAUGGAAACCAGCAGCAGCAGCGGCGAAUGGACCAGGAUGAGUACGAGACGUUUGAUUCAGUUCCUGGCGAGAAAGCUGUUUGUCUUCUGUCUUCUGUCUCUUCUGAUUCUGAGUGUCCUGCUGUUUGUUCGAGUCAAGUAUAACACCAUUCCUGAAUCCUCGGGCCUCUUCAGAGCUUCUGGAUUGCAAACAUUUUUCAAACACAACAUUAACUGCUCAGCUAUUUAUGACUUGGACCCCGUGGAAGUGGGAAAAUCCCUAACUAUUAGGAGGAAAAAGAUGGUGGAGGAUAAAGAUGAAAGUCUGAUGAGCCUCACAGGAAAUUGUUCCUUUUUCACCCAAGUCAGAGGUUAUGAUGACGUGUGCAUUUCUGAAGAAGAGAGAGACUUUCCUCUGGCUUAUUCUUUGGUUGUACAUAAAAACGCCUGGAUGGUGGAGAGGCUGAUCAGGGCAACAUACUCCCCCAAUAACAUUUACUGCAUUCACUAUGAUCAGAAGUCCUCUGCUCACUUUGUCUCUGCCAUGCAGGGCUUGUCCCACUGCCUGCCUAAUGUGUUCAUCGCCAGCAAGCGUGAAGCUGUCUUUUAUGCCAGCAUCAGCCGGCUGAAAGCUGAUCUGAACUGUCUGUCCGAUCUUCUGAGGUCAGAAGUCAAGUGGAAGUAUGUAGUAAACCUGUGUGGCCAGGAUUUCCCCCUCAAAUCCAACAUAGAGCUGGUGUCAGAGCUGAGGGAGUUAAACGGCUCCAACAUGUUAGAGACCAGCAGACCAUCUCAGCUGAAGAGGCAAAGGUUCACCUUUCACUACGAACUGAAAGAUAUCAGUUUUGAGUAUCAGAAGCUGCCUGUGAAGACGCAGCAGGCGAAGAGCCCCCCACCACACGGGAUAGAGAUGUUUAUCGGCAAUGCAUACUUUGUUUUGUCUCGUGAGUUUGUGUUGCAUUUGAACUCAUCAGAUGUGGUGAGGGAUUUCCUGGCCUGGUCUGAGGACACCUAUUCUCCAGAUGAGCACUUCUGGGCCACCGUGGUGCGACUGCCAGGUGUUCCCGGCGAGGUGCCCCGAUCUCUGCCUGAUAUCACAGACCUGAUGAGUAAAACCAGGCUGGUGAAGUGGCACUACCUGGAGGAGAGCCUAUACCCUCCAUGUACUGGGGAACACGUUCGCAGUGUUUGUAUUUUUGGCGCAGCAGAAAUGCAUUGGUUACUCAACUAUGGCCACUGGUUUGCCAAUAAAUUUGAUCCAAAAGUGGAUCCCAUUCUCAUUCAGUGCCUCGAGGAGAAGCUAGAGGAAAAACGAAGGUUGUUUCAGGCAAAGACAAUUCUGACUUGUCGUAAAGGUUAACUGAAGUAGGAUGACUGACCUCUGUUGUGAACUCUGAAGUUCAAGUUAGGAAGGAACCAACCUCCACUGCAGGCUGGUUCCAGCACAAAACAUCUAGAAUCAUUUGUUUACAAGUGUUGACUUGUUGAUUCACAUAGCUCUUGCUUUGCCUCUGUACAUUCAAACAUUCAUUUUUGAUAAUUAGUUUUUUCAGGGGAUUCUGAUGUUAUCAGUCCAUGAAAUGGACGUUAUU